UACCAUAUAGUAUGUAUAUGGAGCGGUCUUGAGGGUCGUAAUUAUGUAUAUCAGAUAUUUUGGAAAUCAAGAAGUAUACAACGUAAUUGCAUUUAUUCAACGGUAAAUUUGCAAAUAUGCAGCUUUGAACCGAUGAAUAGUAAUAGCUGUUGAAAUGAAUAGUUUCCAAAACGGCAAUUUUAAUUUCAGGGAUCAUUUUCCUAGCAAAUUAUCUAACAAACUUUUUUUAUAGAUUGCAAAAAUAUGGAUGGAUAAUUACACCCUGAACAUGAUAUGUAAAUUAAGAUUGCCACGAAAUUUGUAACCAGGGUGACUGCCAUACAAACUGGCCGAUUCGAAUUAAGUCCUUUUUUAUUUGACAAGAUAUCCUCACGAAAUUCAGCAUGGAUUAUUCUCCAAGGAAUUGCUAAGAAACAAAUUGUUUAGAUCGAAUAACUACCUUAUUAAGUAGUCUUAUUUCGACCUAAGAUUAUUUGUAUCAAACAACGAUAGAAAGAGUUAACAAAACGUUUUCCAUUGAGGAAAGAUUUUGGGAAACAAAAAGAAGUUGCAAUCGCCGAAUCUGGAGAUAGCAGUUCGCUCAUUUCGAUUGAUUUAGUGUUGUCAUGAUGGAAGAGCUCUAUUUUUUUCACCAAACGCGACGGUUUUUCUGCAAUUCCGCGUCAAAUCGGUCUAAUAUUUAGGUGUCCGUUUUGCUUUUAUGUGGAAGUCGACGUAGAUUAGACUUUAUGAAUCGUAAAAAACGGUGGUCAACCCUUUUCGGACCCAUAGAACAGUAUUUUUUGAGCACUCGUUAUACUCGUAAGAAAGUACACAAAAUCUCCGUAGUAAGCGAACAAAAGGAUAUCGACGUCAGUGAUGAAAGCUCGCCUAGACGAAAACUUCGUAGAGAAUGGUUAAAAAUAUUUGAUUUGCUUGAAGAAAAGGAAGUAUGGGCAUUAGGUGUAGCUAAUCUUGGUUUAACUGUAAGAUUUGUUUGUAUAUACAUAGAUUUCCAAAUGUCAAGUGAAAUAAACGCCAAUGUUUUAAUAAUUAAAAAAUUUGGUAGUUUUGCAACAAAUUUAGUUAUCAUUUUGGUACUCAUAGAUUUUCUUAAGUGGCAACACUGACCCUUUGCUUUCUUCGCUUUGCUGUUAAAGUAUGAAUUGUAUGUGAAUCGGCAAUUAUUGUUUAAGAAUGUAAUUACAUACUUAUGUAGAAUUGA